GGUUUUUGUAGAUUUGGAGAGCUGAACAUUUUUCUGUACAAUAGUAGAAACCGGAAGUACCCGAAAAUAAUUAUUUCAAUGACGAGAGUAUGAGUCUCAUUGAAGGCAAAUAAAAAUAAAUAGUAAUACUAAUUAACGUAUCGAGAAUUUUGGCGCCAUGUGGAGAACCGUGAGAACUUACUCUAGAUAGAAAAUACUGAUAUUAAGUAUAGAGUCAUUUUUACGAUAAGAAAGUUUGUUAAUUUAAAAUAAAAUAAAAUCUUAGAAUAAAAGGCAAGAAAAACUAUUUUCUAAUAAAUAAAUAUAAUUAUUGUGAUUUGAAUUUUUUUUUAAAUAUAUGAAGCUAUAAAAGUUUUAGAUUCAAUUUUAAAUAUAUAACGUAAAUAUCUAGUGGAAGAUUUUGUGUUACCAAGAUGGCUGAUGAAAAUUUAUCAGCAAAUAAGAGAAAGCUUUUUGACGCAAAUGAAGAAAACGAAAGUUCGCCAUCGAAAAAAAAUUUAUCAGAAUCCCAAGAUAACCUGCCGUCAUCAUCAAAAUCUACUAGCGUGGAAGCCUGUGAUGAUGAAGACUUUGAUAUAUACUCGGGCAAUUAUGACUUUUAUAGUAUAAAUGACAAAUAUGGUGACCACUUUCCACUUCAUACGGCUGUUGAAAAAAAUGACUGGCCUGCAUUUAUGGAGCUUUUACGAAUUGGUAUUGACAUCGACGCUCCUCGAUUGGAUGGUGAUACUGCGCUUCAUAUUGCCGUGAAGACAAACAAUUUGGAUAUGAUUGACUGUCUGCUUAAAUAUGGAGCUAAUGUCUAUGCUAGAACAAUUUAUAACGGAAAAAUAGGGUACACUGCAUUACAUUUAGCUGCCGAACUGAGUCCUCAAAAUACUUUCGAGCAUCUGCUGUCCAUAAAACCAAAUUUUCAUAUUUCUUCCCACCUGAUGCGUAAAAGAGUUUUACACUGUGCACUUAAUCGACGUAGUGUUAAAAUGAUUAAGUAUUUAUUUAAAGACACUGACAUUAAUUCUAUUGAACAUAAAGGUGUAAAAGCGUUGCUGCUUUCUGAAGAAGAGUCAACUAUAAAUCCUGUGACAGAACUCAACGAAACCCCGCUUUUUCUUGCUGUAAAAAGAGGGUACAUUGAUUUGGUAAAAAUGAUACUAGAGAAUGGAGGAAAUGUUUACUCACAUGGUAAUUAUGUUAAAUAUGAAUUGUGUUCUGUAUUUCAUGUUGCUGCUGACAUAAACCGCGAAGACAUCAUGAUACUUCUUAAAAAUCACGGUAUAAUUGUAAAUACUAUAACAGAAUAUGGUUUGAACGCACUGCAUAUUGCUGUUUUGAAUAGUAAUUUACCUUUGGCCAAGACUUUGAUAGACUGGGGUAUAGAAGUCAACCAAAAAGGCAACGUAAAUUCAGUGAAUACAAGAGUAACGCCGUUGCAUAUCGCUGUUAAAAAUCGAAAUUUCAUUUUAAUUGAAUUAUUGAUUACAAAUAAAAGUAUUGAUGUCAACGCGACUGAUGGAACACAUAAGUCUGCUCUUUAUAUGGCUGUUGAAGCAGAGAGACUUGAUUUGAUCGAGUUUUUACUCACUCGUAGUACUAAUAUUGACAUCCAUAUGCUUAAUACUAAAAAUGGAUGCACGGUUUUACAUCGUGCUCUAGAACUUAAUAACAAAAAUAUGGUUGAUCUUCUUCUCAAAUACGGCGCUAAUCAUGAUGUCUUGUCAAUACACGGAAUGCAUUCUAUUCACGUUGCUGCGGAUAAUGGAAACCUGAUAGCUGUUGAAAAUUUUUUGAACAGUGGAAUUGAUGUUGAUUUGCCAGUUGUAGCUUUCGGUUUGAGGCCACUACAUAUUGCUGUGGGAAAUAGGUCAGUGCCAUUGGUAAAAUUACUUUUGAAAAAAGGCGCUGAUGUUGACGCAUUUACCGUGGAAGGAAAUCCACCACUUCAAUUCGCUGUUAUGUUUAACAAUAAAAAAAUGACGGAAAUACUUUUAAAAUUUGGCGCAGAUAUUAAUUUAGUUAGAAAAUUUCCUGAUCAAUUUGAUAACAUUGACCAGAUUUUAAAAGAACACUUUAUAAAAUUGGAAACUGCUAAUAUGUAUAUGAAUAAGGAAAGUUGGUUUUAUUGUUAUUACUCCAAUUUAGUAAAAAAAGGAAAAGAUUUUAGUAAAAAGUCUAGUCGUUAUGCUAAGGAAAUAACACGAAUGAAAAAAGCAGUUAUCCAAAAUACUACAGUUAAUUAUAAUGAUUAUUUAAUUAAAAGUGAUAAUGAAUUAGCAUCUUACGCUAGGAAUCGUGAUGUAGUUAAUGGAUUUACGCAAAAUCAAGUGAUAAUAAAGUUCCCUUUAUAUUCUAAGAUAAUUAUUAAGCGUUUCAAUAAAUCUUUGGAACAUUGUAAGUUGUUCAAUCAUGCAGAAAAAUUUUUGACAAAUUUGUUUUGUGAAUUCCUACCGGUUACUUUUUUACGUAAUAUAUUAGAAUAUUUAAGCAUUGACGAUUUAAAACCUUUUGAAAAUUAAUGAUAGUCAAAUCAGUCGACGUCUAAUGACUUUUUGAUUUUUUUCCAAACAAAUUAUCAAAAAAAUUGCAUUCGUAUUUUUUUUAAUUAUCUACAUGUCUACAUUUUUAGUUUUAUUUAUUUUUGUAACUGAUUUAUAAAAAAAAAAUUCAAAAAACUGUAAAUUGCCUGCUAAUUUAAUG